AUGGAUGUGUCUGCACGCAGGAAGCUCCAGAGGACUGUGAGUGACAAGGGCCAGCUGAGGUACAUGACAGGAGAAUGGUUCUACGAGACCAAGCAGCUUCGUCAUCAGGACCGCAUCCACGGCUCCGAGCUCAUCAGGGCCUCCAUGAAAAAAUCCUACAAACCGUUGACUAUAUUGGAGCUCUCCCAGAUAUUACCAGAGAAGCCCAGUUUUGUCAGCAGUGAAAACAAAGAAGUGUUCGUCCCUCCAGUACUCUGUGGGGUCCUGCAAGAGCCUCACAUGCAGCUCAGCCAUCAAAG